AAUAGAAAGUGUUUUCUGUAAAUUGCAGUGUAAUAUUAGCCCUAACACAAAUCAAUAUUAUACGACGGACACAAUGCUCGUAGCUGUUAUUUCUUCUGAUUACACCUUCAUUAGUUUAGACGAGUGUCGUGUCAUGAGCAGUCAUUGAUGUCUAUUGGAGAGCUAAUCGUUUACUCCUCCUCCUCCUCCUCUUCAUGCUGUCGGCUGUGUGGGUGUCUGACAGCUCCGUGAGUCUCAAACCGGAGCGCUUCAACCCCACCGCGACGCGCGCGCCGCCGCUCUCCGCUCAAAUGUGUUUUUCUUCUGCGUACCACCGUUCCGCGCUCCUCAUGUCCCCCGUGACUCCCUCAGGAUCGUUUUGGUGUUGAUGUUAGUCCAGUAGAUUCAUUCAUUUGACACAUUUCUUCAGUCGGAGAGUAUGCGGUCACGGUGGAGUUACAUCGCCUGGAUUUGCGUCUUCAGUCUCGGCGCGUUCAGGACUUUCUGCAUUCCCAGUAAUGAAGUGAACUUGCUUGACUCUCGCUCUGUAAUUGGUGACCUGGGGUGGGUCGCCUACCCAAAGAACGGGUGGGAAGAAAUCGGAGAGGUGGACGAGAACUAUGCACCCAUCCACACGUACCAGGUGUGUAAGGUAAUGGAGCAAAACCAGAACAAUUGGUUGCAAACAAACUUUAUAUUAAACCAAGGUUCCCAGCGAGUGUUCGUGGAGCUCAAGUUCACUCUACGGGACUGCAACAGUCUCCCUGGAGGUCUGGGCACAUGCAAGGAGACAUUCAACGUCUACUAUUAUGAAACCAAUGAUGAGGAGAGGGGAAAUAUUCGGGAAAGCCAAUACAUGAAGAUUGACACCAUCGCGGCCGACGAGAGUUUCACAGAGCUCGAUCUCGGAGACAGAGUCAUGAAGCUGAACACGGAAGUUCGGGAUUUGGGUCCGCUGACCAUGAAAGGCUUCUAUCUGGCCUUUCAAGACCUGGGUGCAUGUAUUGCACUCGUGUCCGUCCGUGUCUUCUACAAAAAGUGUCCUUUUGUGGUCAGGAAUUUGGCCCUCUUCCCAGAUACUAUAACUGGGGGAGAAUCCUCCCAGCUUCUGGAGGUGCCAGGGACCUGUGUCAACAACUCGGAAGCUGAUGAACUUCCCAGAAUGCACUGCAGCACGGAGGGGGAGUGGCUGGUGCCCAUUGGGAGGUGCAUGUGCCAGGCGGGCCAUGAGGAAGUUAAUGGCUCCUGUCAAGUGUGCAAGCCGGGCUUUUACCGAUCAGCUCUUCAGACCAAAAGCUGCAGUAAAUGUCCUCCCAGAAGUUUCACCAGAGCUGAGGCCUCCACCUCCUGUCAGUGUGAGCAGGGAUACUACCGGACCCAAUCAGACCCCGCCAACAUGGCCUGCACAAAGGCACCUUCGGCCCCACGUAAUGCUAUUUCCAAUGUGAAUGAGACCAGCGUCUUCUUGGAGUGGAGCGCCCCGGAGGAGACAGGCGGUCGGAAAGAUGUUCGAUACAACAUUGUGUGCAGUAAGAUCAGCACAGAUUCGGGCCAGUACGAACCGUGUGGAAGUCAUGUGCGAUAUCUGCCUCAACAGACGGGUCUGAAGAACACCUCCAUCAUGGUCAUGGAUCUCCUGGCUCACACCAACUACACCUUUGAGGUGGAGGCUGUGAACGGGGUGUCAGAACUAACUGCCCCUUCACGCCAGUACGUCUCGCUCAAUGUCACCACCAACCAGGCCGCCCCGUCUCCUAUCACCGUGGUGAAGAAAGGCAAGACGGCGAAGAAUAGCAUCUCGGUGUCCUGGCAGGAACCCGACCGACCCAACGGCAUCAUCCUGGAGUAUGAGAUCAAGUAUUUUGAGAAGGAUCAGGAAACAAGCUACACCAUCAUCAAGUCAAAGGAGACGGAUGUUUUGGUGGACGGCCUUAAACCUUCCUCGGCGUACAUCUUUCAGAUUAGAGCUCGCACCUCUGCGGGCUACGGAGGGUUCAGUCGACGCUUUGAGUUUGAAACAAGCCCGUACUCAGUAGCGGCCUCCAGUGAUCAGGGUCAGGUGCCCAUCAUCGCCGUCGCUGUCACUGUGGCUAUCAUCCUCAUCGCCUUGGUCACAGGUUUCCUGAUGAGUGGCAGGCGUUGUGGCUACAGCAAAGCCAAGCAAGAUCCAGAUGAGGAGAAGAUGCACUUCCACAAUGGACACAUCAAAUUCCCAGCGGUCCGCACGUAUAUCGAUCCUCACACCUACGAAGAUCCCAACCAGGCCGUCCACGAGUUCGCCAAGGAGAUUGAUGUGUCCUGUAUCACCAUUGAGCGGGUUAUUGGAGCCGGGGAGUUCGGUGAGGUGUGCAGUGGUUUACUGCGGCUGCCAGGAAAGAGAGAGUUCCCAGUGGCCAUUAAAACUCUGAAAGCCGGUUACACCGAGAAGCAGAGGAGGGACUUCCUGGGGGAGGCCAGCAUCAUGGGCCAGUUCGACCAUCCCAACAUCAUCCACCUCAAUGGGGUCGUCACUAAGAGUAAACCAGUGAUGAUAAUAACAGAAUAUAUGGAGAACGGAUCCCUGGACACCUUUUUGAGGAAGAACGACGGUCAGUUCACUGUCAUCCAGUUGGUCGGCAUGCUGCGUGGCAUUGCUUCUGGCGUGCGCUACCUCUCUGAGAUGGGCUAUGUGCACCGUGACCUGGCUGCCCGCAACAUCCUGGUCAACAGCAACCUGGUGUGUAAGGUGUCCGACUUCGGCUUGUCCAGAGUGCUGGAGGACGACCCAGAGGCGGCCUACACAACCCGCGGAGGGAAGAUUCCCAUCAGGUGGACGGCUCCUGAGGCCAUCGCCUACAGGAAGUUCACCUCGGCCAGUGAUGUGUGGAGCUACGGCAUCGUGAUGUGGGAAGUGAUGUCGUACGGCGAGAGACCAUACUGGCAGAUGAGCAAUCAAGACGUGAUAAAGGCGGUGGAGGAGAACUACAGGCUGCCGGGUCCCAUGGACUGUCCGACCGCCCUCUAUCAUCUCAUGAUGGACUGCUGGCAGAAAGACAGGAACAGCCGGCCAAGAUUCGAGGAGAUUGUCAGCAUACUGGACAAACUCAUCCGCAAUCCCAGCAGCCUCAAGGGUCUAGUUAACCCAUCAAACAGAGUGUCCAAUUUAUUAGUGGAGCACGGGAGCCCUGAGGGCUGUGUAUUCAGAUCGGUGGAAGAAUGGUUAGAGGCCAUAAAAAUGGGUCGAUACACUGAGCUUUUCAUGGAAAGUGGAUACACUUCUCUGGAUGUUGUCACUCAAAUGACCUUGGAAGAUCUUAGGAGGGUUGGAGUCAAUCUGGCCGGCCAUCAGAAAAAGAUCCUCAACAGCAUUCAGGAGAUGCGAGUCCAAAUGAUGAACGCCACUAUGCCCAUCUGAGAGCGGCCUCAGAGGAACCUCCAGGAGUAGCCUAGCACUUUCUACAGACACUUAUUUAUUGAACGGAACUAUUGAAAGAAAGAAACGAAAUGACCCUGAUGAAAAAAACUAAACACUGGAUAGAUGGACAAACGGUUACGGUUUCGUUUGUGCAAAGCCUCCAAACUAAAAUGACAAGAGGAGCUGGACUGAAAUGCUGAGUGAAUAUUUUGGAAAAGUGUGGCACAUCUCCAGGUAGGACUACUGACUUGGGAUCAAGUGUCUCUGGGCUGAAUGUAUAGCAUUUUUCCAUGACCUCAUUCAACAAUCUUAUUACCUCUGGAAUACCACGAGAGACUGCGGUCACUUUCAGCUCGGAUGUUUUUCAAAACAAGUUCUCCUAGGGCAAAUUCAGACAGUAAGACUGAAGUCAUAUCACGGGCUGAGGAAAUGUACAGUGUGGUGGUGUUAAAGCAAUAGUAGAUUUUGAGCUUGAUGUUGAUUUUACUUCAUUUUAAAUGAUUGCUAUCUUGUUUCAAAAAGACGACAGAGCUAUGGACAGGAUGGUUUUCCUUUUGCACAAUAUGCGGGUUGUGAAGGGCAGAGGAGAUGUGUUUGUUUUUGAAAAUGUCACACGUUUCAAAACCACAAAUUAAUUUUAGUUCCACUGAUGUUUUGGUGUUUUGUGUAUAAAUAAUGUACAGUUGUGUUGUUGAAGUGGGGCUCAAAUGCAUCCAUUGAUGAUCAUGUGAGGUUGAUUUUCUCUUAGUGCACAGGUGGGCUAACAUACUAUGUAUAUUCAGUCCGGUCCGGUCAAUAAAUGUUUGUAUUGCC